GCCAGAGCUAGCUAAAACGAACCAAGAGCUUACUUAGCAACAAUCCUUACGAGGAGAACGUGUUAAUUUCAUCAUUUACGAUAUCUGGCCACUUUCAAUGAAAGAUGAAACUAGGAGGCUAAAACCUAACGUUAGGUAGAGGACGUAACCGCUAACGUUAACAAUUUGUGUUGUUAUAGAAAGGAAAACCCAACGUUAGCUUUGUUAGUGAUAAACAAGUCUCAGCUAGGUAAGAGUCAUCUCUUCAAGACUCGUCGGCAUGAUCCUCUCUCGCGUGAAACCAGCAGUGGGAGGAAAGACACCGGUGAGCAUCAGUGAGAAGAAGAAGAAAAACAAAACUAGAGUUCCCCGCUUGGAGGAAUACCUGCAACAGAGAGACUACCUUGGGGCCCUGACACUGUUGGAGUUUCAGAGGAGUAUUGGAGAGAAAGAGGAGCAUGCAGACCUCUGGAUUGGUUAUUGCGCCUUUCACUUGGGUGAUUACAAGAGAGCUAUGGAGGAAUACAAGUCUCUGACAAUGAACCCUGAUUGUCCUGCUGAGGUGUGGGUCUAUCUGGCCUGUGCCCUGUUUUUUCUGGGGCUCUAUAAAGAGGCAGAGGAGGCUGCGUCUAAGGCACCAAUGUCUCCACUCCAAAACCGGCUCCUUUUCCACUUGGCUCACAAGUUCAACGAUGAGAAGAAGCUGAUGGGUUUCCACCAGAACCUGGAAGAUGUGACAGAGGAUCAGCUGAGCCUGGCAUCCAUUCACUAUAUGCGGUCGCACUACCAGGAAGCUAUAGACAUCUAUAAACGGCUUCUUUUACAGAACAGAGAUUUCCUGGCCCUCAAAGUAUACGUGGCUCUGUGUUACUACAAGCUGGACUACUAUGAUGUGUCCCAGGAGGUGCUGGCCGUGUACCUGCAGAGCAUCCCUGACUCCACUAUUGCCCUUAACCUUAAGGCCUGCAACCACUUCAGGCUCUACAAUGGCAAGGCAGCAGAGGCUGAGUUGAAGAACCUAAUCGACAUUUCCUCCUGCUCCUUUGAGUUUGCUAAGGAGCUUAUCCGACACAACCUGGUGGUGUUUCGUGGUGGGGAGGGGGCAUUGCAGGUGCUGCCUCCUCUGAUCGAUGUGAUCCCCGAGGCCAGACUCAACCUGGUCAUCUACUAUCUCAGACAAGAUGAUGUCCAAGAAGCUUACAACCUCAUCCAAGAUUUGAUGCCCACCACACCUCAGGAGUAUAUUUUGAAAGGAGUGGUAAAUGCCGCAUUGGGACAAGAAAUUGGAUCAAGGGAUCACUUGAAAAUCGCACAGCAGUUCUUUCAGCUGGUCGGAGGCUCAGCUAGUGAAUGUGACACUAUUCCUGGCAGACAGUGCAUGGCCUCCUGCUUCUUCCUCUUGAGGCAGUUCGAAGAUGUUCUCAUAUAUCUAAACUCAGUCAAGGGUUACUUCUAUAAUGAUGACACGUUCAACUUCAACUAUGCUCAGGCUAAAGCAGCUCUUGGCAACUACAAGGAAGCAGAAGAGGUUUUUCUGCUCAUUCAGAGUGAGAAGAUCAAGAAUGACUAUGUUUACCUCAGCUGGCUGGCACGAUGCUACAUCAUGAACCAGAAGGGUCAGCUUGCCUGGGAGCUCUAUCUGAAGAUGGGCACUUCCUCUGACUCCUUCAGUCUGCUGCAGCUCAUUGCCAACGACUGCUACAAGAUGGGCCAGUUCUACUAUGCAGCCAAAGCCUUUGAUGCACUGGAGAAGCUGGACCCAGAAUCCAACUACUGGGAGGGCAAGCGAGGGGCAUGUGUCGGCAUCUUCCAGCUCAUACUGGCAAACAAGGAGUCCAAGGAGACACUUAAAGAGGUGGUGCCCUUGCUGCGAAAUUCAGGAAACCCCCAGGUUGAAUACAUCAUCCGAGCUCUGAGGAAGUGGGCCAAAGACAACAGAGUCCUCCUCUCAUGACAACCCUCAGCACUGAACUUCACCUCACUGUAGGCCUACAUCAAGAGUAGCUACAUUAUGCAGAAAUCAGCAGCUGUUACAGUGCAUUUGGUCAUUUUCAGUGACUUGAAUGAAUGAUAUCUAUGCCACAUGAAGAAAUAUUGAGCUAUUAUCUUUCAUAUAAAGUUGUGUUUUGUAUUAAAAAUACAAGGUUUGAAUUGCAAUUAUCUAUGUACUUAUAUAUUUGUA